AUGUUCCGCUCGCGCCGUGCUGGACUGGUGAGGCGGCUGUGGCGGCAGCGCUGUGCAGCAGCCAGCCCCGAGGACAGCCCCGGAGCCCUCAAACCGGCAGCGCACGCCCUCUUCAAGAAGCUUAAGGACGAGGAGCUGGAGCUGCUGGUGCAGGCAGUGGAGAGCCGGGGCGCCUGGGAGUCCGGCUGCGUCUGGGCACCGCGGGGGGAGCUGCGGGGGGCCAAGCAGGCGCUGCCCCCCCAGGUCCUGCUCUGCCGUCUCUACCGCUGGCCUGACCUCCGCCAGCCCCACGAGCUCAAGCAUCUCUGCUACUGCACCAGGGGCCGGGGGAGCUGCGGGGACACAGCUGCACUCUGCUGCAACCCCCACCACUUCAGCCGCCUGGCUGCACCUGAGACCCCUCCACCCCCCUACUCGAAGGCAUCCUGCGGUCCCUCCUGGCCAGACGAGCCCCAGCACCCCGGCACCCAGUUCAUGGAGUUCAGCUACAACGGUGGGGACUGGCGUGACACCAGCCUCUCACAGACCACCGUUAAGGACGGCUACUGGUGCAAACUGGCUUACUGGGAGCACCGGACACGUGUGGGCCGCCUCUACGCCGUGCAUGAGGCGUCGGUGAACAUCUUCUGCGAGCUGCCACGGGGCAGCGGGUUCUGCCUGGGCCAGCUGCCAGCCGCCCACUGCAGCCGUGCCGUCCGGCGGGCACGCGGCAAGAUCGGCCGGGGGCUGCUGCUGAGCCGGGAGCCGGGUGGCGUGUGGGCUUACAACCGCAGUGAGCACCCCAUCUUCGUCAGCUCGCCCACCCUGGGGCCCCCCAGUGCCCGCGGGCUCACCGUCCUCAAGGUGCUGCCUGGCUACUCAGCGAAGGUGUUUGACUACGAGCGGGCGGGGGGUGUGGGGAGCUGGCGGCUCCCCGGGGAGGGCCCCUGCGACCCCCACAGUGUCCGCAUCAGCUUUGCCAAGGGCUGGGGGCCCUGCUACUCCCGGCAGUUCAUCACCUCCUGCCCGUGCUGGCUGGAGGUCCUGCUGAACCGGCCAGGCUGA